AUGCAACUGUUAUUUAUACUCAUACUACUCAUACUCAUACUGUUCUCACCCACACUCGAACCUCAACCCACCUUUGAGUUUCAACUGGAAGCAAAAUGGCAGACCAACCAGACUUCCGAACAACCCUCCGCACCACAAAAGUCCUCCAAGGACCCUUCAACCCACUCACAAUCACCUCCCUCCCCAACACCCCCCCACGCCGCCUUCAAAAAAUGGUACGCCGAAGCCCUAGCUACCGGCGUCCGUGAACCACACGCCAUGACGGUCUCCACCGUCGACGAAGAAGGCUUCCCAGACGCCCGAGUCCUAAUACUAAAGGACCUCGACGCGCGCGGCUGGCACUUCGCCAUCAAAGCCGACAGUCCAAAGGGAAGACAAUUAGCGCACAAUCCGCGUGCGGCGUUGACCUUUUACUGGGCUGAUAUGGCUCGGCAGAUUCGGCUGCGUGGGAGUGCGGUUUGUUUGUCUGGUGGGGAGUGUGCGAGGGAUUAUCUUGAGAGGCCGGUUGAGUCGAGGGUCAGUGCUGCUGCUUCGAGGCAGAGUGAGGUUUUGGGGAAUGGGGCGGAGUUGGAGGGGAGGUUGGCGGAGAUGAGGGGUGCUUUCAAGGGUGAUUCUUCUGUUGGGGUGGAGGGGUGGAGGGUUUAUGCUGUUGAUCCGGAAGUUGUGGAGUUUUGGCAGGGGGAAGCUAGUCGGUUGCAUAAACGGGUUAGAUAUGUUAGAGUUGGUGGGGAGGGAGAGGGAGAUUGGAAGAAGGAGAUGCUUUGGCCGUAG